AGAAGAAAGUCGACAUGAAAUCGAAAAAUAAUCUAUAACCAUGAAAAAAUAUCAUACACACAACAAAAAUGGCGGAAACGCCACAUAGCGGUACAAAAUUAGACAGUAGAACAAUGGUAAACGCUACACAAGUGCCAUAUAACUAUAAAACAACUUACAAUAGUUCUACAACAUACUUAUAUCCGUCGAAAAGGCCACCCGAUGAGCUAAAAUUAGAAGAAAACCAUACAAUAGUAAUUAAGACCAGACAAGCGCAAGCGUUCCACAAAACCUUUAGAAAUGUUACAAAUACUAACACAAGUGGAAACUAUAUGAUGCUAGUAGAGGAUUUUAGUGAUUAUUUCUACGGGAAUACGAGUCAUGAUAUAUUUAGCGAUCACAAUGGAACUCUAGAUGCUUUAAACGACGUGUAUGAGUACACGAAUUGUACUAUCAAUGGUACGUUUAAUAUAUCAUGCUUUAGCAAAGGGGAUCUUGAGCCAGAGUAUAAUUUGUGGGCGUUGCUGUUGUUGAUAUUUCCUUUUUUUACUCUGUUCGGGAAUGUAUUAGUAAUAAUGAGUGUUGUGAGGGAGAGGACAUUGCAGACUGUGACGAACUACUUUAUAGUGAGUUUGGCGGUGGCAGAUCUACUAGUGGCUGUGGUGGUGAUGCCGUUUGGAGUUUAUUAUUUGGUGAACAGCUCAUGGGGACUGCCCGCAUUCGUCUGUGACGUCUACAUUGCGAUGGAUGUCACCUCUUCAACUUCCAGUAUAUUCAAUUUAGUUGCAAUUUCAGUUGAUAGGUACAUAGCAGUAACACAACCAAUCAAGUAUGCGAAGCACAAAAACAACAGACGGGUCUGGUUCACCAUCGUCCUGGUGUGGCUGAUCUCGGCCGCCAUCGGUGCCCCCAUAGUGCUCGGUCUCAACGACACCCCCGACAGAAACUUCGACGAAUGUUUGUUCAACAGCCAGAACUACGUCAUCUACUCCUCGCUCGGAUCCUUCUAUAUUCCUUGUAUCAUGAUGAUGUUCCUUUAUUAUAGUAUUUUUAAGGCAUUAAGAAAUAGAGCAAAAAAGCAAAGGGCAGCAAAGAAACCUCCCAUAGCUGGUGACCCGACCACGGGAGCUACCACUGCUGUGGUCAUAGAGAACGUGGCGCAGACGAGGCGACUGGCAGAGACUGCGCUGCACGAAGACCGACCUACUAACACUGGGUCUGGGAGUAACGAAGAUGAUCAUGAAGAUAGCUUUGACAAAAGAUCAGCAGACCUGGAGGCAGAUGCUGAUGACUGCCACGUCAUACCCAACGACAAGUCCACCGAGUUCAUGUUGGCUACAGUAGCUGAAGAAUCGGGGAACAGCCCCAAAAAGAAUAUGAGGUCUCAAGCCAUGGAUCCCAACGGGAACAACGACUCUGGUUACGCGCCGUCCAACCUUGAAGAUACGAUCAGAGAGCACACAUCUCCGCCAGGGUCACCAGGCCUGAAGGAUGCCACCGUCCUGAAGAAUAUGGGCACAGACAGCUCCAAGUGGAAGAAGAAUGGGAAGACUGCAAGAGUUAUGUCAGAUUCUAGAAAUGUGUCAUUACAAAUCCACUCUGAAGAAGACCACGAAACAACAAGUCAGUACGACAUCAGAGAUGGCUCGUCUGCCAAGAAAGAGCGUAAGGCAAGCGCCGCUACUGCUCGAUUUACCAUCUACAAAGCAAACAAAGCGAGCAAGAAGAAAAGAGAAAAGUCGUCCGCGAAGAAAGAAAGGAAGGCGACUAAAACACUGGCUAUUGUUUUAGGUGUCUUCUUAUUCUGCUGGGCGCCUUUCUUCACCUGCUCCGUCCUGGGUGCCAUCUGCGACAAAUUCCAGCUGCCCUUCUCUCCAGGGGUCACCACCUUCAUCCUCACCACGUGGCUCGGCUACAUCAACUCCUUCCUCAACCCAGUCAUCUACACCAUAUUCAACCCGGAGUUCCGAAAGGCGUUCAGGAAGAUACUCAAGUGCGGCACCUAGCCCUUAGACUAUUUGGUCGUCUUCACCCAGUAGAUCUCAAUUUCAUAUUUUGCUAUCAUUUUAGAUUUUUUUACUAUCACCGUUUUGGCUUCUAAACUUUUGCAUUGUGCAAGCUCUUUCAAAUUUUGUCUCCGAAAAAAAGUUUUUUUGAGUAACUCUAGAAUGAAAGGGUAUUUAUGUAAAUAUAAAAACUGUAAAAGGACAACGAAGCCGUCUUUUUAAUUUGUGUUUAGUUUAACUGUAGUGAGAUCUGCGAGACGACCAAAUAUGGACAAACUCAUGAACUUUGUAAGUAUUCAAAAGUAUUAUUAUUUAAUGUGAUAACUCAAUAAUAUAUAAACGCGUAUGUGUGUGUUAGCGUUAGAUUUAUAGCAUAUCAAUCUUUGUAGAUAAAAAUAAUUUAUUAAACACAGGAUAAUAUUACUAAUAAUAUAUUAACGUAGAAUCAUUAAGAAUAAUGAGAUUAAUAUUUGUUUUGCUUUGUAUCUAAGAUACGGGUAUUCUAGUCGUGCAUUGUUCAGUAUUAUGUAAAUAAAUGCUAAUAAAUAUUUAUACCGAAUCUAUAGCGAUAUUAUAAGCUUUAGUUAUUUUAAGGUUGUGAUUAUUUAAAGUUUUAUUAAAUUAUUAGGGAUCUCAACACCCACCGACAUGUAAAGACGCUAAUAAAUCAAUUAUAAUAUUUUAUAGUAAAAAUGCUUUUAAAAUGAAAUGUCAGAACACCAAAUAUUGUACAAAUUGUAAAAGAAU